CGUGAGCAUCCAUUUUUGAAGACCACGUUACGUCCUCUGCUGUGUGUCGUGUCCUGAGUGCACCGUCUUUUUAUUCGUAUCGGUUGGAAUAUUGCCGUCGGGUAUUGUGUCCGAGUUGUAGACGUCGAUUACGCCGGUUCAUUGACCUUUUUUUUUUGGUCGUCGCAUCUAGUGCGCCGGUAGUAGCCGUUGAAUAUCACGUGUGCGAGUGGUCCUGCUCACCGGACACGCAAAUAUUAUAUACAUACUAUUUAAAUUCGAGUCGGUCGUUGGAGUUGACCAUACGAUAAAUAGUUCCGGUAUACAUUUUACGUGCCAGCGCAACGCAUUGAUUGCAAAUUAUAAUAUUAUUAUAAUAUUCAUCAUCGUCGCUGCUGUGGUAUCAUUAUUUUUGAUUACCGACGCCGCCGUCGUCGUAUUAUCAUAUUCGCAAUCUUAAUUGUGAUCAGCUGUCGCGUCGUCGUGCAAUCACCACACCGCCGUUCUUAUCAACUUCGGGAUCGCCGUUGCCGCCGAUUGUGACAUCAAUCUAUUUUACAACGAAACAUCGGACUAAAUAUUAUGACGAAACAUACAAAAAAUGAAGAAAAAUCAGAAAAUCCUAAGGACUCUGCUUUGGAUGAACCAAAUCUGAAGGGAGAUUGGUUAAACUUCUACUUUUUGAUAUUACUUUAUACUUUUCAAGGAACAACUUCAGGUUUGUCCUACGCUUUUCCCAUAAUUCUUCAAAAUACGAAAUUUGUAACAUAUAAUGAUCAAGCUUUAUUAAGUUUUGUACUAUGGCCAUUUAGCUUUAAACUCUUAUGGGCACCAGUGGUAGACGCAUUACAUUUACAGUGGAUAGGAAGAAGGAAAUCAUGGUAUAUUCCUAUACAAUUAUUAAUCGGGGCACUGUUUCUUUUUUUUGCCGAUAACAUCGAUGACUGGUUACCCGAGUCAGGUAAACCAAACCUCAAUAUGAUCGUAUGCGUACUGUUUCUCAUUAAUUUUUUAGCUGCGACUCAGGAUAUAGUAGUCGAUAGUUGGGCAUUGAGUUUGUUGAAGAAAAAUAAUGUGAGUUAUUCAUCCACGUGCAAUAGCACGGGUAACGCAUUCGGUUUGUAUAUUGGCUCCGUUUGUCCAGUUCUCCUUUCAUCUGAGUACUUCUGCAACAAAUACUUAAGAUUCACCCCAGACGAAGGAGGAAUAUUAAGCAUCAAAAGUUUUCUAUUAUUUUGGGGCAUAGUGUUUUUGAUUGUCACUGUUUUAAUUAUAUUUAAAAAAGAAAGAAACAGCGAAUUAGAAGAAGACGAUCAAAUUAAGAUCGAUAUUAUUCAGAGUUAUAAACUGUUGUGGGAUAUUUUCAAAAUCAAACACAUGAAAUUAUUGUUAAUGGCUAUCUUGACUUCUAUGAUUGGAUUGUGUACAUCAGAAUCCGUCACAAAUUUGAAACUUAUUGAUGCUGGUGUAUCCAAAGAUGACAUUAUGAUAAUAACUACAGCUAUGUUUAUUCUGAAAGUGUGUCUACCGAUUUUUGUAACCAAAUACACUACGGGCCCGAAACCGAUAAGUUUGUAUUUAAAACUGAUGCCAGCCAGAUUGAUUUGGAGUAUUUUUUUUGCUUUGUUGAUUUAUUACACUCCAAGUAUAAUUCAAAGUAAUGAAGUGCCAAUGUAUUAUUAUUUAAUUAUGGGACUUGUAUUCGCAGUAAACAGGAUAUUGGCUCAAAUUAUGGUAACCUGUAUGGUAGCUUUUUUCUCACGUAUUAGUGAUAUUCGGUUCGGAGGCAUGUACAUGACAUUGUUAAACACUGUUCGCAGCAUAGGGUGGGUAAUACCAAAUACAUCGUUUCUCAAGAUGGUCGACACGUUGACGCUUAGUUCGUGUUCGAAUGAUGUCACAAAUAGUUGUUCUACGCCAGAUUUAGAAAAUAUAUGCAGAAUAAACGAUGGGAAUUGUGACACAAUUGUAGAUGGCUAUUAUGUUGAAGUAGUAAUUUGUCUGGUUAUUGGAUUUGUUUGGUAUGCCGUUUACAAAAGGCAUCUUAAAUUUUUUGAAUCAAAGGAUCGUUCUCAUUGGUUAUUAGAUUUGAAUAGACCAGGGAAUGUUUAAGUUUCUUUCGCUUCAUAUAUCUAACGAAUAUCUCUAUACACGUACAAUAUUAUAUCAUAUAUAAAGGAUAAUUUAUGUUUAAAACCCAACACUAAUUUAAUGUUGUAUGUAUAGUUACUUAAAGUAAUACUUUUGUAAACGCUAAUUUUGUUAUAUAAAUUAUUUGAAAUUGAAAUAUUUUAAUGCAAAUACAUGUUUGUUUUAAAUAUUGA